AUGUUUAGCAACAACACUUUGAGUCAAGACAGUAAGAUUUCAUUGUCAGUGGCCUUUUCUCUCCAAUUUCUCCUAAGCGUUAUUGGAAACUCUUUGAUUCUAUGGAUAAUCUACAAGGACAAUCGACUGAAAACGACCACUAAUUAUUUAGUGACCAACAUGGCCGUCAGUGAUCUUUUUACGAUUCUUAUCGUGUUUCCAAUGAUGAUAUUUUCCAUAAUCUUCAACAAUCAUUGGAUGAUAAGUGGUGAUAUAGGAAGCGGACUUUGUAAGCUGUCUACCGUUCUAGUAGAUGCAUGUUUUACUGUAUCGUUGAUAAGCUGUGUUUUUAUUGCCAUUGAUCGUUAUUUCGCCGUAGCUAAACCAUUCAGCAAACCCUUCCAAGGCAAGAUGAAAUCUGUCAUCGCAGGUAUUUGGAUCUCGGCAGUUGCACUCUGUUCUCCCUACUCGUAUUUCCUGGACACAGUUAGAUAUGGCAACUAUUUGUCUUGCAAAGUUUCACAACAGAAGAUGUCAAUGUUUAAACCUUACAGAUAUUUUGUUUUAAUAUUUAGCAGUGGUUUGGCAGCCCUGUUCUGCGUAAUUAUAUACGUUUUAACUGUUUACAAACUUUAUCGACACAAACCUCCUGGACUGACAAACUCAGAACUUAAAAAAAGACAGCACCAAAACAAGAAAGUUCUUAAAAUGGCCGUGUCAAUUGUAGCCCUCUUUUUUAUUUUCCAUGGSAGUUGGUCGAGUUUUAUYAUGUUGUUUUUCGAUGAAAAACUUUUUGAUUCACCRCCAUCAUUUCUUCGCAAGGUCGGUUAYGCAUUACCUUUCGUGCACUACACAAGUCUCGUUACCAACUUCUUCAUCUACAUUAUCUUCAAUGAUAUUUAUCGUGAAAACAUUAAGAAUUUAAUAUAUAAAUGCURUUGUACAUUAAAGGUUUCAAAAGCAGAUCUCAAUAAAAGACAGGUAGAUCCACAACCAGCUGUUAUAGAACUAACAGAAUUCAACACCUYGACGUAUUGAUCAUAUAGGCCGUAGGAGUUGAUGCCGCUCCUAAAACAGUUCUUCAUAUUUCAUCACGUAAGAUAGUGAAAAGUCAGGCUCAAACUGAUCGAUUGAAGCCUGCAUGAUCUCAUUUAUAAAGCUGAAAUUAUCAAGGCAAYGUUUGAAAGAACAUUUUUUUCUCUACUUAAAACUGUACUUUUUAUGUGAAUGUAGUGGACUUUGAAGAGGAUUUUUGAGGUCUGUAAUUCACUGAAGGAAUUAAAUGACGAAAUUUAUUAUUGUGUGAGGACUUUUGGAAAACUAAGCACGACCCGGAGAACUUAACGUGAAUGUGAUACAGUAGUAAUUAAUAUUUUGARUUUUAUUAGGGAUUCAAGACUUUUAUAAAUCAAGAUUCAAACGCUUAAACGAGGGCCUCAAUCACUASCAACGCAGUCAAAUCGUUUGAUAUUGUCUAACAACACUGUUUCAAUGAAAUACAUUUGCAAGGAAAAAAAAUAGAUUCGAUCAUGAUUU